AAUGUUUAGGACUAUUCAAUCCUACUCCUUAGAUGGUUAAGCAAAACUUUCCUUUUAACCCAAAAUAAAAUACAAAAAUAAUUGUUUUCUUAGAUCUUUGGUAAAACAUAAAAAAUUAAGACCAAAAAGUCAAGAGCCAAAUGAUUCUAAUUAGUAAAUAAUCGCAUAAAAAAUGGGUCCAUCAAGAAGAAAAAGUUGUUAUUGCAAUUAAUGUGGUUUGAUUAGUAAAAAGUAAUAAAGAUAUAUGGAUCUUUAAUUAAUUAAAAAACCAUCUAUGGUCAAAAAACCACAUGCUCAUAGUGAUAGAAGAAGCACUUUAAAUCUAUAAAGUAUAAGUAAACUUUUUAUGCUAAAUCAAGAUAGAAGUGUAUUUUAUAGAAGAAAUACUUUAAAAAAAGAAGAAAGAACUGAUUUUGUUAAAUCACCUAUCGAUGGUGCUGCAGAAUCAAAAAAUUCUGAUUGGUAUAUACGUCAAAUUGUAAAAAGAAAAUCAAGAAUUAAUGUUUAAAAAUUGGUAGAUAAUUCAUUCUCUAAGAACUCGUAAUAAUAAUCAAACAAUAAAUUAUUUAUUGAUGAUUUGAUGAAUGUUAAAAGUCAAUAAUCUAUACAUCUUCCUUAUUUUAUAAGUUAUUUUUAAUUAUUAUUAUAAAUAGAUAGUCCUAAAGUUAGAAUUCGAACAAUUGGGGCUUUCGACUAAAAUAACACUACUACAUCACCAAAAUAAAAAGAAAUUCCUAAAUUAUCUCCUUAUCUAAGUUUUCGAUAACUAAAUUUGAACCUCCUAGUUCCAAUCAAAUAAAAAUCUGGUCUACCGAUGACUAGAAAAUUGAAAAAACAAAUAUUAUCUUAUACAAAAACUUGA